CGUAAAUUCAUGUCACCAAUUUAUUCUUCUUUCCACGAUUUACAUUUCUUUAUAUAUCAGUGUGUACAUAUCACAACCUGAAUCUUUCUUGUAAUCGUUUUCAACACUAUACAACACUAUAUUGUCCUGGAGCAAGCCGCAACUCGGAUAUCAUAGCGUUGCUGCAUUUCUAUCGCUACAUUUUCCACUUAUCUUGGUUUCUCCAAAAGAUUGCCAUUUAUCUGCUUGUAUUUACAACCGCUCAAACUUGGCUGUACCGUCCAGACAGCCGAUCUAAGUUGUUCAUCAAGUUUUGUCAUUAACUGCCUCGAUAUUAGUGAAGCCUGUUUCAAGCUAGAACGUUUAACAACAUGGCGAGACCAGCCAAAAAAUGGACACAUGCACAGAGAAGGCAGCUUGUCAGAUUGUAUACCUUGACAAACCUUUCUUCUCCAGAGAUAAGAGAUCUUCUAGAAGCAAAUGGGUUGAAAGUGAGGUAAAGUACAUAGUCAAACAUUAUCCCAAAAUAUACUGAAACUCCUAGUUUGAAAACUCUCCAAAACAUGCUUCACUCACUCUUCCCUCGGGAUUACACCAAAGAAUAUUCCCGGUACAGGCCCCGCAAUCUUUGUCACAUGAAAGCUCGCUUGGAUCUGGUGAAGAAAAUCAGUAGUGGUCGCGUCUCUAAUCCUCGAAGAUAUCUACGAAAAGAAUCUCGGAGACAAACAAUUCGUUCUCGGCCAAUAAGCUGUAUGGAGGGUAUUGUCGAGAGCCCAGAGAGCCCCAAUCAAGAGCUUCCGAAACUCAAACAAACCCAGGAAAAGCCAACUCUAUCAAUACUUCAGGACCUCAACUUGAUCAAUACAGGAAUGUUAAUGUUGGACGGCUCGACAAUGGAGUAUAAUACAUGUGCAAACUUUGAACCAUCGACUCAUUAUUCUAGGAGAACUCCUCCGAUUAUUGGUAUAGACUCCAAACACAGUGAAUCUGUUAGGGCAAGACUAACGAGAGGGUUCCGAUCAGAACACCCUCCCAGAUUUCUAUGUCAACUUCAGAACCAAUUAGUCACUAUCGGAAAGAUGAUAGAUCCAAAAGCCUUGCAUAUUUUGAUUUCGUCAGGCGAAUCGCGCCCCAGUAGUCGCCAGUCUCAGCGGUCUCAUGGGCACAUCUCCUUGCAACCAACCCCACUCUCUGAUUCAGCUUCGAGGAGAUUAUCAGAGCAGCCACCGAGUCCCGUUCAUAGCUGGAAGAAUGUCGUCAACUCAGUUCUUCGUCUUUCGUUAGCAGAAUCCCAGGUGUCCGGCACUACAGGCUCGAUGCCCUUGUGGCGUUCAAGUGAUAUAUCAAUGUAUGGGAAUUCGUUGCGCUCCAAGUUUUCCUGUGCAUCUGUGUCUUACCAAGACGGACGAAUUUCCGAGAGGCCUGGAAGUCCUAGCUUGUCGAAGACUCCUCCGGUACUGACGAAAGAGGAACUUGAUAUGUGGAACGAACUGAUCGAAGAGGACAACAUUUUACCCACCUCAAGGAUUUUAAACAGAAUACCCAAAUACCCAAUGAUAACACCACGACUUAGGGAAUGCUGUCCACCUAUCAACAAACUCUAUCUCGAAUGUGGCGUCUGUUUAUUUUCACAGGACUAGUUUCUUGCUGUUUCUGGUAUUGCGGCUCCAACGACUGGGAACCUAAAUAGACGAGAUAAAUUUGGGAACAACGUAUUGCACUAUGCAGCAGCUUCAUCAAAUGCAACCAUCCAUCAAAUAUUGCGUUACAUUGAGCUAGGAGCUGACAUCAAAGCUGUCAAUGUCCUAGGCCAAACGUUUCUGCACAUCUUCAAAUCGAGGCGUUUAGAAGCGGGAGUGUGCACAGUUGACUCUCAAUCCUACCUCAGUCUCCUGGAAAAACUCGCGCAUCUGAAUUUUCCUUUCCAGCAAAAAGAUUUUCAUGGCCAGACUAUCGCACAUCUUACCUUUCAAGAUUGGAGACGCUUUGAUGGUUCAUCAAUGUGCACUUCUGAUGGAUUCCAAUGUGCGCUUCAGAUAAUGGGUACUGAUAUGAAUGCCUGUGACAACCAAGGUCGCAGAGUACAAGAUAGAAUUGCCCCUGUUGGACCAUUGGUGGGAUACAGAGAAUGUCUAGUAUUAUCAGAUAAGGAAAUCGACCAGAUCUCCGCGGAAUUCAGUGACCCCUUGAACGAAGAUCUGAGUUUCCGACAGGAAAUCACACGAGACGAAUGGAACCCCGAAUUUUGGAUUACAUCCCUGAUCGAUUCCGACCAAAUAUCAUGGCUCGACAUCCACGGCGACACACCCCUAACCGCCAUCCUCAAAUUCUGGAAAACCAACGACGAGUAA